GCCUCCCUCUGGUGAAAUGUCACAGAGGUUCCUCCACCCAGGACCAGAGCUGAGCUGUGACUUGAGAGUGAAUCGGUUGUGUCCACGGCAACUGGAUCUCCCUGCGCCUUAUUUGCUUGUUCCUUAUGACAAAGGGAGUGAAGGAGGCCAGGAAGUGGUGGCCUCGCUCCGUAGGUUCGGCUUUAUGAUGCCGGUGACGUUUGAAGAGGUGGCCGUGUACUUCUCUGAAGCGGAGUGGGCUAUUUUGGAUGAAGAGCAGAGGCAACUCUACAGGGAUGUCAUGCAGGAGAACUAUGAGACUCUCCUCUCGUUAGGAUUUCCCAUCCCGAUGCCAGAUGCGCUGUCCCGGAUGGAGCGAGGGGAAGAGCCAUGGAUCCCAGAUCUCCAGCGCUAUGAGGGAAGGGAAAUCCCAAGAGGCAGUAUCACAGGUACCGGGACGGCCCAUGAAAUCGAGGAGGAGAGUCCCCAGGAGGAAGGGGCUGUGGAGGUGACUCUGCAUAAGAUGUUCUCAAGAAGACCACGGUGCCCCGACGGGGCAGGCGCCAGCGAGAGUGAGGGCGAGGUGGGACGACAGAGGGGAAACCCUCCAGGCAGGAGUAAAUCCGCCCACAGUAAAAGAGGCUUGAGGAAAUCCAAGGACGCUGGCUCGCACCAAGUAACCCAUGGCACCAGUACGGGAGCACAACUGAAUACAAGUCGCAGCAACAUGAAAAGUUACAGUGGCAGCUCAGCAGCGUGUCAAACAGCUGGCUCCAGACAGAGACGUUACAGCUGUGCCGAGUGUGGGAAAAGCUAUUACCACAACUCCCACCUCCGAUGGCAUCAGAAAAAGCACACGGGGGACAGGCCCCAUGUCUGCGCCGACUGCGGAAAGAGCUUUACCUGCAAAUCGUUACUCAGCCGGCACGAGAGAAUUCACAGAGAGGAGAAGAACUACAGCUGCACGGAGUGUGGGAGAAAAUUCAGAGAGUAUUUGCACCUUGCUUCGCAUCAGACAAUCCACACGGGCGAGAAGGCCUAUCAGUGUCCCGACUGCAACAAAAGCUUCAGGCUGAAGGGGGUCCUUUGCACUCACCGUAAAACCCACAUCGGAGCCAAACCCUUCAAAUGCACUGAAUGCGGGCAAAGCUUUGGACGGAAAGAAUCCCUCCAGAAGCACCAAAGAAUCCACACCGGGGAGAAACCCUAUACAUGCACCCUGUGUGGGAAAAGCUUUAGUCAAAAGUUCACCCUCUCCCAGCAUCACUUCACGCACCAGGAAGAGAAGCCUCAUAAAUGUAUGGAAUGUGGGAAAGGCUUCAAUCAAAAAUUUUACCUUGUGCAACACUUAGCAAACCACCACGUGUGAGCGAGGAACAGAGUACAGCAAGUGCAGCUUUCGAUUAAAUAGCUCGAUAAUCACUAAGAUGGAAACCAGUGGAGUGGUAUUUUUUUGAAUUCCAGUGAGACGUUUCUCAACCCACGCUUAUUCUAAAACACAAGACUUCAAGGUGGAGGGGUGGGUAGUAUUUACGAAGGUGGAAGGAGGACAAACUGAUGAAGAGAAGAACAGAUCUUUCAUUGGGUCGGAGCAGUUAGUGGGAUUUUCGAG